GCGCGCGAGGCGCCGCCACCGAGGGAGCCGAGCGCGGCCCGCCCAAGCCGGGCUUGGCCAUCCGCAUCUCCGCUACCUUCGUCCUGGCGGGCAGCACCCCGCUGCCCUGGCUCCUCCCCGGCGGCGUCCCGGCGUUCUUCCCGCUGCGGCACUGCUGCGACGUGAGGCUGUACCAGGACGUGCAUGUCGGGGCCGGCGAGCUGGGCGGCGAGCCCGGGCGGUGCUGGGAGGAGCUGUGCCUGGCGGUGCUGGGCGUGCAGCACAUCGUCUACGUGGCGGGCUGGUCAGCGUUCACCAGGGUCCGGCUGUGCGGGGUGCCAUGUCGCCGGAGAUGGCGGCCAAGGCGGCCGAGGUGAGGGCGCUGGGCGGCGUGGCGGUGGAGGACAUGAGCCCUGGCAACCUGCUCAAGUACAAGUCCCAGGAGGGCGUCCGGAUGCUGCUCCUCUGCGACGACACCACCUCACUCCUCAACUUCUUCCUACGGACGAGGGGCGUGAUGCAGACGCACGCCGAGCAGACCAAGAAGUUCUUCAGGCACUCGUCUACAACCCCACGUUCCGGGAGGAGGAGGAUGCCAAGAAGCUGGGUCCCCGGCAGCCAUGGCACGACAUGCACUGCUGGCUGGACGGGCCGGCGGCGUACGGACGUCCUCGAAAACUUCGAGCAGCGCUGGAGGAAGACGACGAGGCUGCGCCUCAAGGGUGUGCUACCGUUCGGCAAGAAAGCGCACUGGAAGGAGGACGCCCUGCUCAAGCUCGAUUUUGUUGGAUUAAUGGACUGAAUCUAUCUUGUGAACGAUUUUUUGAAUGAUUUGUCGGAUCUAUGAGUAUUUUUUUUGGAUCAAUUCAAUAUUUUGUUGUUGAUUCU